AUGGAGGAAUUGGAAGGCCGCAAAGUUCUUUUUGCCGUCGUACUCCUCGCGGAAGCGUCGGUGAUCGGUCGAGAGAAACGAGAAUUCGUAAUACCGGACUGGAUCGAGAUCGUUGACGAGCCUGUCGCGGAGAACUCGAAGACUAUUCAAAGAGCGGUCAAUGUGAGGGAUGCGAAAAUAAGCUACGACGGGGCGCAAGUCUGGAGAGUCCAGGCUUUGGUAGAGGGACAAAAGGAUUUGGUAUCGAAUGUGACCAUGGAUUUUCAAGAAGCUGGAUUACUUUCGCUAUGGGUUGGUAAUGAAUCAACAGUGGACGUGAUGGUUCGCUCGGAAGAGAUUCCAAGAGUUUCUCGUUAUUUGAAACAGAAGGACCUACGGUAUCAAGUAGUGAUCGAUAAUCUACAAAAAGCGAUAGAUGAAGAGAAUCCGUUGCUCUCCGUUGAAGAAAUGGAGGAAUUGGAAGGCCGCAAAGGACAUAGAAUGGAAUGGACCACUUAUCAUCGACUCGAAGACAUUCAUGGGUAUCUCGAUUAUCUUGCUCAGACUUUCCCCGACGUUUGUUCUGUUGUCAGCAUCGGUAAUUCUGUCGAAGGGAGACCGCUUAAGGUUAUAAGAAUCAGCAAUGGGAAACAAAAUGCACCAGCACUAUGGAUCGAUGGAGGCAUCCAUGCUCGAGAGUGGAUAUCACCAGCGACGGUCACUUAUAUUAUCAACCAUUUAGUCGAAAACAGCGAGAGCCUCGAUGCUGACUAUUACAUUCUACCAGUGGCAAACCCUGACGGAUACGAAUACACGUUCACGAGAGAUCGUUUAUGGAGAAAGAACAGGAAACGGGCUGUGGGUAGUAUGUGCACUGGCGUUGACCUUAAUAGAAACUUCGGCUAUCGAUGGGGCGGCAUGGGCACCAGCAAAGAUCCUUGCCGUGAAAUUUAUGCUGGCUCCGGACCGUUCUCAGAGCCGGAGACCAAUGCUAUUCGAAAUUUCUUUGAAGCUAGCGCUGCCAAUUUCAAAGCAUAUCUAACAUUUCACAGUUAUGGACAGUACAUCCUCUAUCCAUGGGGUUAUGAUAAACGCGUUCCUCCCGAUUACGCAGAUCUUGAAAGCGUUGGCAGAGAAGUAGCUGUAUCGAUGAGGAAAGCGGACAGCGCCAGUAGCUCUUAUACAGUCGGAAACAGCGCUACCACCCUUUACGCAGCGGCUGGUGGCUCAGACGAUUGGGCUAAGGCAAUUUUGAAACUCAAGUAUGCAUACACGAUCGAGCUGAGAGACACUGGAAAAUUCGGAUUCGUUUUACCGUCGCGUUACAUAAUUCCGACGGCGAAGGAAGCAUUGGCUGCAGUGAUGGUUGUCACAGAAGCUUGCAAGUCUUUGUAA